ACUCGUCUAGCCGCCAUGAUCAGAUAGUCGACUCCAUGCUGUCCUGUUGUAGAGAUGUGGGACAAAUCGCGUAAUUUCUGCUAGGGGAUGGACUCGUUUGAACAUGGUGUACAUUCAAGCGCAAAAAAGAAGCUUAACUACAACGACAUGAAACUGUAAGUAGAUAAUAUACCGCAUACCGACAGGAUUUUAAAAUGGCAUGGGGAAAAGCACCACAAAGUUUCACUGGCGAUCAGUUGGCAUCGUUACUCACCGAAUCGGAGACAUGCGCAGAUGUCCUGGCUUUCCUAGUUACCAAAGAGAGACAGCAGACAGAGUUGACCUUGAGUCGGUCCGGUCUAGCAGCUGAUUACGUAAUACAAAUGGUGUUAGUCCUGCUGAAGGCCUCACAGUGCAAGACAAAUGAAGUAGGCGUCAUAGACCUCCUCACCAUCCUGGUUGGUUCAAAGUUCUUCAUGCGCGAGCUGGUAGCUACGUCAUCAACGUUUACAUGCCAUUCUGAAGUAGAAGACGCUCUCAGAUUUAUUGAUAAUUUAGUUGAAAUACUUCACCAAAUGCAUCAGCUGCUUCCGAACUUGUUCAACAACGCCCUUUCUCUGAUUAUCACCCUAAAGGAAAAAACAGAAGACAUACUUAUGACAUCUACAGAAGAACAACGGCAACGUGUCGUAAAAUUGUCAGGAAAGUUAUCAGAAAUGAGAGACAAUGUCAUGAAGGUAUUAGUGUCGUGUUCUCAAGAUGAUCCUCGGUUUCCGUUUGAGGGACAAGCCCCGCCAGACGACUUCCGUAACAUCAAAAUACUACCCAGAGUUGUGGAUAUCUUUUUAAGUUCUCGCGGUGCAUUUCUACGUAAAAAUAAAUCACGUGGUAGCUACGACGACCUGAAUCAUUACUUAGACGUCCAGUUCCGCCUAUUAAGAGAAGACUGCAUCUGGCCCUUACGCGAAGGCAUCACCCAGUACGUGCAAGAGACGAGCAAUGGAUGCCAUGUUCGCCGACUUCAGAACGGGAGGCUUUACAGGAAUGUAGAAGUAAAGAAACAUGGCCACCAUUUGGAAGGAGAACUAUUCGAAGUUACACUUGAUAGUCAACAUGCCCAGAACAUUUAUUGGGAGUCUUCCAAAAGACUUCUGCAUGGAUCUCUUCUUUGUUUCUCGGCCGAUAACUUCCGGACAAUGGAAUUGGCUGUAGUUGAAAGCCCGGACAGACAAAUGCUCGCUGAAUCAUACACCUUUCCUGUUAUAUUCCCCACUUUUGCCGAGAUUCAACUCAAUACUAAAUAUACAAUGAUUGAAUCUUCUGCUUUCUUCGAAAAGUACCGGCACGUUCUGGAAGGUCUGCAGAACAUAGAACAACUCCCGUUAGAACAAUAUAUCGUUGAUUGUGAAAACAGCAUAAUUCUACCUAGGUACCUGCGAAAGAAUUCUUCAAAAUACGACUUGGAGCCAAUUGCUUCCGGCCGACUCCUAACAACAGCAUUGGAUGCUAAAAGGAAAACAGAAAAUAUUCUUCAAGUUAGACUACAUGACCCUAUGAGCAGGUGGCCAACGGCUGAUGUUCUCCACCUCGACCAGUCCCAGUACGUAGCUUACCAUGCUGCCCUAACGCAGGAGUUUGUUCUUAUACAAGGUCCGCCAGGCACUGGAAAAACACAUGUUGGCAUCCAGAUUGUAAAAACUCUUCUGCAUAACAAAAACGUAUGGAGUCAUCCUUCCAAAACAGAACAGGCAGGUUUAUUAAAUACUAGACCAUUGGAAAUAAACUCAGAUCAAAAGAAUAACCAAUUGCUUGUAGUUUGUUUCACAAACCAUGCCCUCGAUCAAUUCCUGGAAGGAAUUGUUGGUUGUUUUGAAGGCGAAAACAAGGAGCUCUUGCAAAAUGAAAUUGUGCGAGUAGGCAGUCAAUGUAAAAAUCCUACAAUCGAGCCUUUCAACCUGAAGAAUCACAAAAAAGACCUUCACUGUGACUACACUAAACUUAAAAAGCUGAAAAAGACUGCAACCCAGCUACACACUCAACUGUUAACGAUUCAUAUCAGCUUACGAAACCUGCAAACCACAAUACUGGAAUUCGAGAUACUUAGGCCUGCCAUGUCGCAAAGGCACGCGAAUGCAUUUGUCUGUGAUACACCCCAUGCAUCAUCUCAGAAACUUUACCAGUGGCUACAGGCGGGAAAAGGCCCAUGGCUAAAAAAGGCCGGUCAAGCAUACAGGAAAUCACUUACAACAACAAAACAACCAAAGCAUGACCACGCCAAUCGACAAACUACAGUCAAUCAGGAUUGCAUAGACACAGAAGCCGAUAAAGCUGAAGAAGAGAGGCGUAUCGUCUACGACGACCUGCAUUUAGCAACCCAAGUGAAGAUUGGGCUUGAUAUCAAGGAGGAAAUUCAAAAUAUCCUGAAACCGAAACAUGAGUAUAUGCCACUAAUAGAUGACGCAUUGAAAUCAUUUUUGAAGCAGGAAGCAGACAUCACAUUGUCGGAGUUGUGUUCUGAAAAUAUGAUGAGAGCAAAGGAAGUCGAGUCACUCAAUGGUUGUCUGAACAAGCUCAAGCUAGGAAGACGAUGGAUGCUUUAUCGUUUCUGGGUUGACACAUACAAGAAAAUGCUACUUGAACAAAUGCCGCACGUAGAAAAAGAACACUUGCAAAUUAUGAAAGAUUACAAAAAUGAGAAAAAAGAAUAA